AUGUCUGACAAGAUACCCACAAGCUCACGUCUCGACUCGUUGUCGCGUCGCUCGACACCAAGUGCAAAACCAGGAUUGAAAUUCAAGCCAAAAGUGGUUGCCAGAAGAUCUAAAGAAGAAAGAGAUGCACAAGCUCCAGUCACUGCUCAAGAAUCAAAUAAAUCUGAUAAAUCUAACAGAGGAAACAGUGCUAGAGGUAGAGGUGGAGCCCGUGGUGGCAGAGGAGGCAGAGGAGGCAGAGCAUUAGCAGGUACGCAUUUGGUGCAAGCAGGUCCUUUAGCAUCUGGAAAUAUUUUGAGUGAUUCUACUCAAUCUUUCACCAGAUCAGCUACAGCUUCACCAACUCCUGACUAUUUGAGCAAUUUAGUCAAAAGAGAAGGUGUCAGAAGUACGUCAGUUGGGCUGGAUUCUGAUGAAGAGGACGAUGACCCAGCAAGAAUCAACAUGAGUAAAGAGUACAAAUUUGAUCCUGAACAUACUGAAUUAUUUCCAGUUAGACCUGUUCGUAAUGAGCAUGUUGAGUCUGGUGAUCAUAAGGCCAACCCAUCAUCAGCUGAGUACGUUCGCUCAGAAUCACCUGAAUCAGUAUCAUCAGAACCAAGUGGAUCAAAGACGACGGUGAAGGAGGAACCACAAGAGAAAGAUUUAAAUGCAGUAUUACAUGAGAAGGAUACCGAACUUCAAAAGAAAUUGAAUGAUUUACAGCUUCAAAGUGAGUUUUUAUCAGUUGAUCCAACAGAAGCUAAACAAGAAACUGAAAGAUUGAACAAAGAUCAUAGAUCAAUAGUGAAAUCGAUCAUUGAAGCAGACAAUAACCCAGAAAAUUUUUUAUUUAUUCAACUUCCUAGAGUUCUACCAAAAUUCGAAGAAAAUGAUGAGGUUAAAGCUGCUAAAGCUGCCCAAACAAUCAGCGUAAAACCUGAAAAAGAAGGUGAUGGUGACAUUACUAUGUCUGAGAAGAAGACUGAAGGAGAAAUUGAUCAACUAGAAGGGCUAGUUGGUAAGCUAAGGGUGCACAAGUCUGGUAAACUAACCAUGAAGCUAGGGAAUGUUGUCAUGGAUGUUGGUAAAGGUUCUCAAACUGAUUUUUUGCAAGAGGUUGUCUUAGCUGAUGAAAAUGAGAACAGAAAUGCAUAUUUGUUGGGCCACUUGAACGAAAAAGUUGUUGUGACUCCAAGAUUUGCUUGA